AGGGAGCUCGUGUAUGGGUGAGGGACCCUGAGACAGUAUGGAAGGGCGGAGAGAUCCUCAAAGACUUCAAGGCUGAGGAUAAAACAUUGGACGUAGAGCUUGAAGAUGGCACUGCGGCUACCCUCAAGGUGAAGACCAAAGAAGACUUGCCGCCCCUUCGCAAUCCAGAGAUCCUCAUUGGAGAGAACGAUCUGACAUCUCUGAGUUAUCUCCAUGAGCCUGCAGUACUCUAUAAUCUAAAUGAGAGAUUUAUACGAAACACAGCCAUCUAUACAUAUUGUGGUAUUGUACUGGUGGCUAUCAACCCUUAUGAAUCGCUACCACUCUACGGUGAGGAUGUCAUCCAAGCGUACCAUGGCCAGGAUAUGGGAGCCAUGGACCCUCACAUCUUUGCUGUUGCCGAGGAAGCCUUCAAGAGAAUGGCACGAUUUGAGCAGGACCAAUCUAUUAUUGUCAGUGGUGAGAGUGGAGCAGGGAAGACGGUAUCUGCCAAGUAUGCCAUGAGGUACUUUGCUACCGUCGGAGGCUCCUCUAGCGAAACCCAAGUCGAGAAGAAGGUCCUAGCUUCAAACCCCAUCAUGGAGGCAAUCGGCAAUGCCAAGACGACGCGAAAUGACAACAGCAGUCGCUUCGGCAAGUACAUUGAGAUCCGGUUCAACCGGCUUCAUCACAUUGUUGGUGCCAACAUGCGGACAUAUCUACUGGAGAAGUCACGUGUGGUCUUCCAGGCGCCAGAGGAAAGGAAUUAUCACAUCUUCUACCAGCUCUGCGCAUGUUGUGAUCAACCAGAACUCAAGGAGUUGGCCCUAGGUCAUCCGGACGAGUUCUAUUAUACCAGCCAGGGGGAAGCUCCCACAGUAGAUGGGAUUGAUGACAAGGCUAAUCUGGUAGAGACCAAGGAGGCUUUCAAGUUAUUGGGUUUUAAGGAUGACAUGAUGAAACAAAUCUUCAGGAUCAUCGGUGCCGUUCUUCACUUUGGCAACGUAGAGAUUCAACCUGAUCAACAUGAAAGCUGUAAGAUUGAGGUUGAGAACGAGAGUCUACCGAUCCUGUGCAGUCUACUGGGUAUCGAGGAGGAUGCCAUGAGAAAAUGGUUAUGUAACCGUAAGAUCGUCACCGUUCAAGAGGUCCUUACUAAACCUCUCAGGCGCGAUAUGGCGGUGUUCUCGAGGGAUGCUCUUGCCAAGCACAUCUAUUCUCAGCUCUUCACAUGGAUUGUGGAACAGAUCAACAAAGCCAUGGACACACAGGCCAAGACAACCAACUUCAUCGGUGUACUAGACAUCUACGGGUUUGAAAUGUUUGAGAUCAACAGCUUUGAACAGUUCUGCAUUAACUAUGCCAAUGAGAAGUUGCAACAACAAUUCACACAGCAUGUAUUCAAGCUGGAGCAAGAGGAGUAUGUGAAGGAGCAGAUUGAGUGGUCAUUCAUUGAUUACUAUGACAACCAGCCUUGUAUUGAUAUGAUUGAGAGCAAGCUAGGUAUCUUAGAUCUCCUGGAUGAGGAAUGUAUGCUCCCCAAGGGAUCUGAUGAGAACUGGUGUAACAAACUCUACAACAAGCUCACAGCACACGGUCACUUCUCCAAGCCCAGGACCUCUCGUACAGCGUUCCUGGUCCAUCACUUUGCUGAUAAGGUGGAGUACGAGUCUGAAGGAUUCGUACAGAAGAACCGCGACCAGGUCAAUGAUGAGCAUCUCAACAUCCUCAUGGCUAGUCAGUAUGAGUUUGUGGCAGAACUGUUCCGUCCCAAACCAGAAGCGCCUAAACAUAAUCACAAAAGAGGUAGCGUCAAACCAAUGGUAGCACCGGUCAGCCGUACCAAGACAUUCAAGAGAUCUGUAGGGAGUCAGUUCCGUGACUCUCUGACGUACCUGAUGAUGAAGCUGAACUCAACUACUCCACAUUACGUCCGCUGUAUCAAGCCUAAUGACUACAAGCUGCCUUUCACAUUUGAACCUAAGAGGGCGGUGGAGCAGCUGAGAGCAUGCGGAGUUCUGGAGACGAUCCGUAUCAGUGCUGCGGGAUAUCCAUCAAGGUGGUCCUAUUCCGAGUUCUUCACCCGCUACCGUGUGUUGAUGGUCCGGAAAGAGAUCAACAAGAAAGACGUGAGAGGGACCAGCGAAAAGACGCUCAAGCGACUCAUUGUGGAUCCAGACAAGUACCAGUUUGGUAAGACCAAGAUCUUCUUCCGAGCGGGCCAGGUGGCCUACCUGGAGAAGUUGAGAGCAGAUAAGCUGCGUGCGGCCUGCGUACUCAUGCAGAAGACUGUGCGAGGCUGGAUGCAGCGCACAAAGUACCAGAGGCUGAAGGCAGCAACCAUCGUCAUGCAGAAGCAUACCAGAGCCUUCCUUGCCAGAAAGCUCACCAAGUUCUUGCGGGAAACACGGGCCUCCAUCAUCGUCCAGAAGACAUGGCGUCGCUACCGAUGCCGCCGCGACUUCCUCAUCAUCCGCAACGCCACCCUCAAGAUCCAGUCGUACUACCGGGGAAUGGUCGGUCGUUGUAUCUACAUGGAGGCGCUGCGCCAGCACCGGGCCACAACCCUCCAAAGGUACAUCCGUGGGUGGCAGGUGCGGACAUGGUACCGGAGAACACGAAGAGCCCUCGUCUUGCUACAAAGCUGCGUGAGGAGAUGGAAAGCAAGGAAAGAACUGAAACAACUCAAGAUCGAGGCUCGCUCAGUGGAACAUUACAAGGCCCUCAACCGUGGAAUGGAGAACAAGAUUAUCUCCAUCACGCACAAGGUUGAUGAGCUGAACAAGGAGAACGUACGUCUGCAGCACACUGAACAGGUCAUGUUGAAGCUCAAGGAUGACCUUGGUGACCUAGAGAAGGUCAAGGCCGAGUCCAAGGAGCUCAACAAGACGGUGGCGACCCAGGAGACGGAGCUGGAGAAGCUCCGGAGACUCCUGGAGGAGACCCAGACGGAGAAGGGUAUUGUGGAAGAGGAGCUGCAGUCGGUCGUCAAAGCUAGAGCUGAGGAGCAAAAGUUGUACGAGGAAGAGACUACUGAAUUGAAGGCUAAGCUUCUUGAGCAAGAGACCAACCUAACAGAACUGGAGGAGAGCGUUGAACUUCAAGUCAAUACAGCAGUGGAGGAGACCAAAGAGCAUCUCAUCGCUGAGUUUGAAGAUGAGCGAUCACGGCACCAGAAACUCCUUCUGGACUACACUCGUCUGGAGCAACGCUUUGACAAUCUCAAGGAAGACAUGCAGGCCAUGGAGAACAGCCCUACGGCUCACAUGAACGGUGGGAUGGUACCCCGGCAUGUACGGGCGGACAGCAGCGAGGGCGCUGAGUCCGGCUACGGCACCCUGGCCACCACCACCACCGAGGAUGCUGAAAAUGUGGAGGAGCAGGGUGAGGAGAAUGCCAGUAUGGACAUCAGUGUGUUCAUCAAGCUGCAGCAACGAUGCAGGGAUCUUGAGAAAGAGAAGAGCAAGCUAGAGGUCCAGCUAGAGAAGAGGGAAGUAGAUGGACGCAACAGGACAAACAACAUUGAGCAUGAGCUCGAUCAUCUGCAUCUUUUGAACAAAGACCUGAAUGAGGAGAACAACAGAGUGAAGAAGGACAUGGAUAACUUGAGACGCACUCUGGAAGGAGAUGAAGAAGAGAAUAACCCUGUCAAGAUCCUCAACAGCCAGGUAGAUGUACUCAAUCUAGAGAAUGAGAAGCAUCGGCAGGAGAUCGUCAAACUCAAGACAGACCUGGUCAACAGGAGAAGACAGUGGGCUCUACAGGAAGGAGACAGCGUAGAGACAGGAACCAACACUGAGCAGCACAUGCUGGUCAGUGAUGAGGAUCUGGACAACCUUCAGCUGGACUCUAGUCUCAUCUCAGACUACAAGUCGGUCAAGACAACAAACCAAAUUUUAGAGAAGGAGAUCCAGGCACUGCGAAUGAAUUAUGAUUAUGAGAAGACUGAUCUUAAAGAGCAGAUUGGAAAGCUACAGCAAGAUAAUGAGAGACAGCAGAGUAUCAUUGGAGAGAAUCUGAAGCUGACACCAGCUGCCAGGGUUAGCCAAGCAAUACAAUUUGAGCUCUCCAGAUUGACUAAUGAGAACAUUAAUCUACUGGAGGAGAAAGAAUACCUGGAGAAGUUUGUGAAGAAACUCAAGAAGCAGCUCAAGGCAGCUCACAAGAGAAUGCAAUCAACAUCAUCAGCUGAUCUGGGAGGAGUGGCCACAGUGAACAACAUUCCAGACGUGCACCUCUCUGGGGUACCUUCAGAGUUCAGCGACGCGCCUGAGUCAUCACAAGCUAACGUGAGGGUGAAGGAACGGGAGGAGAUGAUGGGUAUGCUGGAGUACAAAGCAGAGGAUGAACCUAAACUACUCAAGAUGGUCAUCAUAGACUUCAUCCCUGAAGCAGCGGAGGGUCACCUGCCUGGCCUGCCAGCUUACAUCAUCUUCAUGUGUAUCCGCCAUGCUGACUUUGUCAAUGAUGAUAGGAAGGUCAAAGCCCUACUCACAGGGGUCAUCAAUGGUAUCAAGAAAACUGUCAAGAAACACUUUGAAGACUUUGAGUAUGUCUCCUUCUGGUUGACAAACGCAACGCGGCUCCUUCAUAAUCUCAAACAGUACAGUGGAGAGGAGAGUUUCUCAUCAAAGAACACGGAGCGACAGAACGAGCACUGUUUGCGAAACUUUGACCUCUCAGAGUACCGUCAUGUGAUGAAUGAUCUUGGGAUCCAUAUCUAUCAGAUGCUGAUCAGAAUCAUUGAGAAUAGCGUCCAGCCCAUGAUAGUGACAGCCAUGUUGGAAGGGGAGAUGGCCGGGUUGGUGAGCAGCAAACCCACAGGGGUCAGGGGUAGUAACUCAACCAUCAGAGAACGAGAGGUCAAGGAUGUCUCGAUAGACUCUCUCAUCAAACAGUUGGGAACAUACAUAACGGUGAUGAACGUCCACGGUAUGGACCCUGAACUAGUCAAGCAGGUCGCAAGACAGGCCUUGUAUUUGAUCACAGCCAGUACUAUUAACAACAUACUUCUGAGGAAAGACAUGUGCCAUUGGUCUAAGGGAGUACAAAUCAGGUAUAACCUGAGUGAGCUUGAGGAGUGGCUCAGGUCAAGUCGUCUCUAUGAUAAGAUGAUGGAGACGACCCUUGAACCCUUGGUUCAGGUCGCGCAGCUUCUCCAGGUUAAGAAGAGAACAGACGAUGAUGUGGGUAUCAUCUGUGACACAUGUACUCAACUCACAGUCACACAGAUCAUUAAGAUCCUCAACCUGUACACGCCGGAUGAAUACGAGAAGAGAACCGAGAUCGCAUUCAUCCGCAAGGUCCAGUCACGUCUUGCAAACCGGAACGACCCCAAGCGCGAGUCGCAGCUCCUUAUCGACGCCAAGCACACAUUCCCGGUCACGUUCCCGUACAACCCAUCAAGCGUGGAACUGAACGAGAUCACGAUACCCAGCUCCUUUCAUUUGGACUUCCUUAAAAAGCUCUGAACAUGUGUCCUUCAACGGGUGUUCAUAAGAGACUUUGCAAUAGAGCACAAUGAUGAUUAACUCAUUCUUCAAGUAUUAGGCACAUUUCCUAAUUGGGAUU